AUGAGGCUGCAAGUUUUAGAUGACACAACUGUUGGGAAUGUGCAUGGGCAGAGUGAGGAAAACAGCUUGGCAAUUGAGGAAUGUAUAGGCUGUCUCAAGCUUAGAGACCACAAUCAGCCGGCAGGCCAACCAGCAAAAACUCAGUGGUACGAUCGCAAGAACUAUGUGUUUGUUGAGUUCUGUGUAGAAGAUAGUAAGGAUGUUUAUGUUAAAAUUGAAAAAUUAAGGCUGAUCUUUAGUUGCAGAACAGCAGAUAAUACCAAACUCUACAAUAACAUUGAAUUGUAUAGCCAAGUGGAGCCAAAUGAUUCAAGGCACAAACGCUCCGAUAGGUCCAUUACCCUAUUCAUGAGGAAAAUCGAAGGUAAAAAAGCUUGGCCGAGGUUAACAAAAGACAAAACCAAGCACGCUUGGUUAGUUGUGGACUUUGAUAACUGGAGAGAUUGGCACGAUGAUGAUGAGCAGAUGAUCGACUUGGAGCACUAUGCAAAUAUGUUGAAAGAUCUAAAGGACACUGGGGCGCCUCCUACAAUGGAUGAUCUAGAUGAUUAGCUUCAGGAUUGUGUUGAAGGUUUAAAGACAGAAGGACACCAACAGCGCAAAACUGGAAGAUGCCACAAGAGCUGUCAGAACAACCGAUUUUGUAUUGAAUUUUUUAAUCAUUUAGAAAAUGUAUUCUUAUAAUGGUAACUAUUGAAGAUUGGCAAAUUGUCUAAUGUUUAUUUUAAUUGAAUCAUUGACCGUAUUUGAGGUAUGAAAGAAAACUGUGAUCUCCAGACGAUUCAGUACAUGCUCGUAAAUUGUGACCAGGAUUAUACUAUACUGUCUAAUAAAGAAACGGAUGAAAGACAAAACCCACUUGGUCAAAAAGAACAUUCUUCAAAGCAUCUUCCAAUACAAAACAAACUGACUAAGAAACACUUGCUAAUAGUUUUUGGAAUAGUAAUCCCUGCUAACCUUUGCUGAUGUGUCUUACCCCAACUGCCAUUUUGUCUCCCAUCGAAGUUUUUCUUUCCUCUUGUUUCCCCCUCUUGUUUCAGCCUGUUAAUCCUGUCACUUUAGAACAUUAACUGUCAAACAUUUCAGUGUUAAGACAAGGUCUCUCUAAUGGACACAUUGCCACAUCUGUUGAGUUGAAUUAGUGCUUCAGAUGUAUCCUUCCAACCGGUGCAUUUAUGAUCAUGAUUCCUAUUCCAGUAAUUACUCUACUGUUUACACAUCCUUGUUUAUACUUGACGUUUGCUUUGUAUUUCUCACAUUUUUGACCCAUUGCAAACUGAUUACUGAUGCUCAGGCAAUUUGCUGUUUUUAAAUGGCUUCUUUUAAUAGGUGAUAUCUCCUAUAAUUAUUUUAUUCCUUUUCCAGAACAUCUAUCUUGUUUUAAAUUUUGACAAUAAAAAUGAAACAGCUGUGUCCCUU